AUGAAGAGAAAAUUUCUAAUUCUUCACCGGUUAAAAACUCCCUCUUCCGUUCAGCCAUUGAUUGCGGUCGUCUCCCUUACAUCGUCUUUUGGGGCCCACCAGACAUUUUUGAUAUAUGUGUUAGGUAGAAAAGGUCAAGUUAUUGGAAGAAAUGUUGUUGGGGCUUUGGUUGCUUCAGGACCGGUUAUUAUCAUUGCGGCCUUGUUCACUAACGUGCCAAUGAAGGAAAACGAGGUGGUCCAGAUGCAAAUACCACAGCAGUUUAGUGGUGGCGGAGGAGGUGUUGGCAACCAAUUUUCUAAUCCAUUUUUAGGGCUUCUUUCUUGA